AUGUUUCGUAGCUGUGAAAUUCAAUUUCUUGCAAUAUUCACUUUGUUUGAAUAUUUACUUGUACAAAGUAUACACACUACUGGCGAAAUGUCUUCAGAUACUUGGUUGGUCUUGAAAGUAAACCAGGCCAAUUCAUCCAGUCAUCAAAUCCUUUCUGAUAUCAUUCAGUCAAUGGCUAAUAGAAGAGAUUUAGCUGUGAACAUUCAUUACGCUGGAAUACCAUCAACAGUGACUAUCAACUGUAUUGUUUUUUAUAAAAAAUCGAAUAAUCGAAAGGCAAUUGCUACAACAGUAAAGUCAAUUAAUCAUGAUCAUAGACCAAUUAUUAAAUUAACAUGUCCUCUUUCAAAAGAAUUCUGUUUUUCUGACUGUUUACCAUCAAAUCAAAAUGUGAGUGAUAUUAGUUGCAACUACCUAUCCUUUUAUCAAAAAGAUACUGAUGAUAGCCAAGUAUUUCAUGGAAUUAAGAAACUAUCAAAUUUCCCAUAUCAACAAAUAAAUGUGUUUCGAUAUACACUUCAUCAGCUAGAUAACAAACUCAAUGGGAACUGGGCAUGUCACUCUGAAGGUCAUUCAAGUGAAAUACACGAAUUGGUCAUUUCAAAUUCAUCGUGCCUCAAAAACUUAUCUGCUGAUUAUACUCCGUUUACCCUCGAUACACCGAUUCCAGUUAUAUGUGAUACUGUCACUCCUAUAAAUGCUGAUAAUUUUACCGUAUUACGAAUGAAGAAUUCACUUCUUAGAAAUGAAGAAGUAAUGGAUUUUGAAACUGUAUGGUAUGUUGGAACAAAGAUGAAUCCUUCAACAUCCGGAAAAAAUCUACCCAACAGCACUAGUGACAAUGAUAUACGCAUCGAAUGUCAAAUGACAGAUGCAUAUAGACGUCGUACUAAAAGACAAACUGAUUUUGAUGCUCACUAUCCAUCUAAAUCUGUUCGGUUGAAUGCAAAUAUAUCUCCAGAUAAUUUGGUUCAAGUUGGUACUGUACUCGAGAUCAAAUGUACAGCAGAACCUGGUAAUCCCCCACCGAGGUUAUCACUUUUACGUCAAAGAUUUGAAGAAUCAAAAGCAACAGUUAUUCAGACGAAAACAAUGCGAACUAUUCAAAGAAAUCCCCCUGUAAACUCACGUAAAGAAGUAGUUCAGGAGUUUGCAGUCACCCUAAGCGAAGAAGAUAAUGGAGCUUCUUUUUUCUGUGAAGUUGCAAGUACUGGAAUCACAGAAACCAUAGCUCGGUCUGACAGUGUACGGUAUAACGUUUCAUUUCCACCACGAGCAGUGUAUGUACAAUCCUAUCCUGAAGGUUUAAUACCUGAAUCAACUCAGAAAACAUUUAGCUGUCAAACAGAUAGUUUGGGAAGCAAUCCAGCUGCCAUAUUACGAUGGCAACAGCUUGAUUCUGCGGGUGCAGUUAUUUCACUCGAAAGUUUAAAGAUGUCUGUGGAUGUUGACUUUAUCACACAAACUAAUGGAGCUGUGGUUACACGUUCAAAUCUUACUAUCCUUGCCACAAGAGCAUUGAACGGAAGACGUUUUGAGUGUUCAGUUGUAUUCAAUGAUUCAAAAACUAUGCUGCGAUCAGAAGGCUUUUUGGAAGUUAUGUUUUCUCCAAAUAAUAUAAGAUUAACAGCCCAGCCAAUAAAUGGUGUUCCAGAAGCUAGUCGUUUAGAAUUGACAUGUGCUACAAGUUCUUGUCAUCCCCCUGCUGUGAUACGUUGGCUUGAAAUCCCACCAGAUAAAAUACAAGAGAAGAAUAAAAAAAUUGAAGAAUUUUUUCAACGUACAAAUUUAUUUUCAAAUGAAUUAACCGAUCUCGCCCAAUUAGAAACUAAACAAGGUGAUUUUGGUGGGACUAAGGUCUCCAGCACUCUGAUAAUUACCAAGACCUACAGAUCUCAUCAGAAUACAAUUUAUCAGUGUCUUGUAAACCAUACAGGCAUGAACAAACCUGUUUUAAGUGAACACAGACUACAAAUUCUAUACCCUCCAUCCAUUCAUAUAAUCAGUCUUCCAAAUCAACCGAUUGCAAAGCAAUCUGUUUCAUUGUUUUGUCAAGCCAUUGGUGGAAAUCCUUCGAAAGAUUUGACGUAUGCAUGGUUUGUAACCAAAUCAACACAGUUUUCGAGCCUCUUAAAACAAGAUGAUGGUGAUCAGUCAAACAAUAGUCCAGAUGAACAAAGUACAAAUAAUUCACCAAACUUAUCUACACUACCAAAUCAUUUUAUAUCAUCGCAGCAGAUAGUGCAAAGACCAGAGUUCGCUAGUAUGAUUCAACUGACUGGUUAUCAUGACUCUCAGUUGAACUUAACAAAUAUUAAGUUAUCACAAGCUGGUUGGUAUGGCUGUGAAGUGUCUGGAGCUGGAGGAAGUUCACAUGCGCUAUAUCACCUUGACUUGUAUUAUCAGCCUAUCAUGAACAGACGUACUCAGACACAAGUGAUGGCUCAAGUAGGUGAAUCUGUGACAUUAGCACUGUAUGUAGAUGCUAAUCCACCAUGGGCGGAAGCUGAAUGGUUUCAGAUAGAUACGUAUAAUAAUGAACUUGGACAAAUCCGCAACCCUCAACAAUAUGUUGAAUCACAAGCUUACUUUGAAUCACAAUAUCUAGAUUAUGAUUAUCCAAACUCUUAUGAUUCAUGGCCACGGGUUAAAAGAACAACAUAUAAUCGUUUUCCAUCUUCAUCAUUGAAACCAGAUAUUACUGCACGUCAGUCUAUUGGACAAAAGGCUGGACAACGAAAAAAUAUUUUUGCUUCACGUGGUACUGGUCUCAGUGGUAAUCUCACUUUCUUACUCAGGUUUUCAGAAGUUAAAUCUGAUGACUUCGGAACAUAUAUCUGUCAAGUUCGCCAUCAGUUAGGUGUGAAAGACUUUAUGUUUCACCUAAUAAAGAAGUCAGGAGUUGGAAUUAUUGCGGAAGACUCCAUAGAAAUUAUUCAUCAUGGAUCAACUACAAGCAUUUUAUUCAGUCCUCCAAUGAAAUCUUCCUUCACUAGACUUAUCCUUCGUGUCUGUCGCCGUGAUGCUUUCAUACCUAGUCACUUACAGCCGGAUAGAUUACCCAUGAGUAAGCGACAUUUACGACAUGAUACUCAAUACCAAAAAGUAAUAAAAAGGGCAGUCAACAUAGAAAAUACUACAAGACAAGAUGAUAUAUUGAAUCGGUUGGAAAAUACACAGUUUAUGGUCAACUCUCGAACUGUUGGCUGCGAAGAUUACAAUGUUGCAAAACCUUGGUUAGGAAAAAUGGAGGUUCACUUAUCAGAUGCCAUUCAGUUGUACAAUUUUAGAUUCCUUCUGUUUCAAGGCGCUAAACUUUUACAAGAAACGUCACCUAUAUUAUGGCAACCGGAAAUAGCUAAAGAACGAAGUGUAUUCAGUAAAUCUUUACUGGCAUUGGCUGUCAGUGGUGGAUGUGUUCUAGUGAUUGUAUUUCUCAUCACAACAAUUAUAUUUUAUACAUGCUAUGGUCGGAAUAAACGCAAUUCGUUACAAUUUUGGAAUAUUAAAAAAAGCCUUAAAUCAAGUACUUCUCAUAUAUCAAGCAAGAAGCUAGACGUUCCAAAUCCAAUCGGAUCUGAAUUAGGCUUUGAACUUCACAGUGAUCUUGAAUCUGUGCGAAGAUAUCAACCUGAGACCACAUAUAAACAACAAGCUACAAGUGGUUCGUUUAUUUCUCAUGGAUAUGAAAGUUCUCUAAACGGAAUUCAUCAUCAUUUUGGUUCUUUACAAACUUCUUCAGGAAUGAUCAAUGGAUUAGAUGGUAAUAGUGUUGACAAUGAAUGCGCUGCUUUGUUACACAGUCGUAAUUCUGUAGCCAGUAGUCAAAGUGCACAAAUGAAUAUAAUUAACAGUCGAAUAUUUGCUGAAGCAUAUGCUGCAGCCGCAAGAGCAGCAGCUUCCGUAGUCAGUGGUAGUACUGAUAUAUAUUCUCCGAGUACACAGAUGACAAAUGAUCUAGGUUCACAGACCAAUGAAGAACGCCAUAAAUCACAGAAUUCACUUACUACCUACCCAACGAAUACAGAAAUGAAUAGUGACUUAAUGACUACAUCAAAGGAGACAAAUAUGAGCGGCGAAGGUUGGAAGAAGCAUAACAAUAGCAUCACUGGGAGUAUGUGUUUAAAGAAUCGGGAUAAACGUAAGGCUCUUGAAAUCAAUAAAUUUAAAAACUCAUUACAAGGAGCUAGAAAAUCCUCUAGACUUAGUUUAUCUGGUCAUCAGCCAGAACCUCAUGGAUCCCACUUAUCUGUUCAUUUGCCAUCAAAGCAUCCAACGCAUUAUUCACAAUGGAGUAAUGCAUCUGGAACUUCUUAUUCAAGUCUAGUAAGUCCAAGUCAAACAGAUUUACAAGUUGCAGCACAGGUUGCUGCAGCUGCAGCAGUUGCCUCUGUUGUGGAAAAUAUGAAUUUUGGGUUAGCUAUGAAUCAUGCUUCAUCUCUUAAUAAUGUCGGUGGCUAUUGUCUUAUGCCCAGACCAUCAUCACGAGCUGCAUCAGUAACAGGUCCACCAAGUAGAGGUAUCAGCAGACCAGGAACGGGAAGUGAAGAUGAAGAAAGCAUGAAAUUCGCAAUAUUUACACCACGAAACACUUCAACUGGACAAGCUACACCAACUGCCAGCGUUGAUACCAAUAUACAAAUAUCAACGCCUAGUCCUACGUCACAACAACAACAGUUUUCCAACGAUCCUGAUAAUUCUAAGAGUCAAUCAAACUUAAAUAAUCAACAGAUGAACCCAAACAUAACUUCUCAAUAUGUUGGUAUGCCAAUGACAAGAUCAGAUGAUCGAAAUCAUCAAAGUUGUCAAACAAAUCGUUUAACUGAAUCACAGAAUAUCGGAAAUUCAUAUAUGUACUCCCAACAGCAGCCAUAUUGUUCACCUAGUCAACAACAACAACAACAACUAUAUGCUGUUCAUGGAGUACGUGGACCGUAUUCAACAUUUAUUAAUUCAAUGAAUAUAGCACCAACAAUAGCUUCAUCAUCUCCCUCACCUAAUAUCAAUGCCAAUGAACAGAAUGCAUCCUUAAUGGCAUAUUAUCGCAUACUAGCACAAAAUCAAAUCCUUAACAGACAUAAAUUGCAGCAAUUUCAUCAAUAUCAAUUAUUACAACAGCAAAGACAACAACAACAUAUUCAUCAGAAUAAAAAUGAUCAAUUAAAACAUACAUUCAACAUGAAUAAGUUGCAACAACAAGUGAAUACCCCCAAAAAUUCAACACCGGAUUCAAAGGAUAAGAAACAUUAUCUUGAACAUUCACUUCAUCCAAAUCAACAGAUAGAAUUCAAAAGUAGUCAAGAAUCUAACCAAUUUAACAAAACAAAUCAAUUUACUAAUAAACACUUUGACGAAACAAAUAACAAUAAAUCUAUCUUAGUGAUACCAAAUAAUCAUUAUAGUCAAAAAGAUAUGAACAAAGAUCAACAAAAUUCAUCUUUACAAGAGAAUAAACCACAUGUUACAGAGUCACAGUCACCUAUGACGACUAUCAAUCAAUCAGAUAAGUCUGUAGUCACUGAAACUUGUGUUAUACAUCAAAAGGAAAUGAAUCAACCGAUAAACUUUGAAGGUAAACAAAACCAUUUACCCGAAAAAAUGCUGAAUAAUCUUCUAAACAAAGAGUCAAGUGAAUCUGUUACAUCAAAUGAAUCACCAUCUUUUUUAUUAGAUGGUAAUCGAAUUAGUAAUCCUACUGAUAUCAAUAAUAAUGGAGCCUACAGUAAUAACAGUGAUAAUAAUACUAAUAACCCUCUCUGUGUAACUACUCAAUCAGAAUCAUAUUAUGAUCAACUCACACAUCAAAAUCGUCAAUCAGUAAACGAUAUACAAUAUAAUGACUACCAAACUAAAGUGAAUAGUGAUACACAUUCACUAGAGUCACAUCAAACACAAUCUUCUGCUUACUUUCAGAAUACACUAACAAUGCAAAUGUCUAAACAACAACCUCGUCUAGGCAUUCAUUCACCAGUACGAACAAAUCGUUAUUUAAAUCCUACAGAACAAAGUGCAUUCAAACAAAUAAAUACUAAUUCUGAUAAGUCAAUUUCAACAGAAAAUCAUUUAAAUAAUAUAGAAAUUACAUCAUCAAAUGAUAAAGAUUAUUUAUCCAAUGAAAUUAAUAUGCAGUCAAGUUCUGUUAGUUAA